AUGGCUUCCAUCUUCAUGGAUAUGUCAAAGAAACCUGCUCCUACUGUUGUCUCCUCAAACACUUUGAAAAACAAGCUCGGUCUUCUUAAGAACCCUAACCCCAAACGUUCUGCAGCUUCUUUUGUCCCCAUAUAUUCUUUCCCACUUAACAUGAUGAAAAACAAGAAAGGGUCUCACACUACUGAUGUUCUUCGUCCCAGUUUCACUACUGAUCUUCUUAGUUCGGAUGUGUUUGAUUCUGAUAUGGAGGAGGUGAAGCUGUAUGACAAAGAAGAAAAAGAUGUGAUGAUGAAGAGAUGGAGUGCGAAAGAGCUGAAAGAAGGUAUUCAAUUGAAGAUCAACUUGCCUGGGUUUGGGAAGGAUGAUAUCAAAGUCACUGUUGAGGGUACCUCUCUUGUUAUCACUACUCUUCUGGGUAAAGAAGAAGAUGAUGUUCUUGUUGUUGGUCCAGAUGUUAAUGAAUAUGAUAUGAACACUUUUAUUACUUUCAACCUGGAUCUUGAUUUCCUUAACUUACAGGAAUUGAAAGCUGAGAUGAAAAAUGGACUUCUUAAGAUCUCUAUUCCUAAGGAGGUUGAGGAGAAGGAUGUCAUCCUUGUUAAGGUUGAAUAA